ACACAUUACCCGUUAACUGUUUAUUUUAAUUGCAAAAAGAAGAGGCAACAAAAUACACCACAAAGCUUUAAGAAGACCAUAUUUCCUUUCAGGCAGGACAGGCAUCAGCAAGAGACGAGACGAAAGCGAUGUACCAGAACUGAAGAGAGCUACAAAACAAAGCAAAAUGUCCAUCAUGAGGCAAAAUGUCUUGGAAGUGCUUCUGAAGUCGACCGUGCUCCCUUUCAGAUGGCUCAAGAGUUCGUUCAGAUGUUUUUACUGUUACGACGUCUUUCAAGAACCCAAAGACCUUAAAGCUCACCAGAUCAUACACACAAGUGAUGACGACAAGGUUAAAGCAAUGAAAAAUUAUUGGGAGACCACAGUUUACGUUGACAUCUCGAAUCUAGCAUGCAAGCUAUGUUCAACAUCUAUGACAGACUUCUACAAACUCAUCGACCAUUUGAUGGAGGUGCAUAACAUACAGUUUAAUAAGGAUAUAGGGAUUUGCAUGAGUCCGUUUCGGCUUAACCACAUUUCGGUACAAUGCGUGCAAUGUGACAGAGAGUGCAGAACCUUCGGCCAUUUGUUGGUGCACACGAACAAGGAACAUAAAGGCUGUUCACUGGUGCUUUGUGAAGUCUGCGGGCAACACUUUAAAAAUAAUCAACAUUUGCGCUACCACAUUAAUCAAGAGCACACAAACAGUUCGGUUCUAUGUCCGUUAUGUGGAGAAGAAAUCCUCACUGCGAAUAGAAUGAGAACUCACAUGCAAAAUGUCCACAACAAGAGGUACAAGUGUGGAAUGUGCCCGGAGCUUUUCGAUACGCAUUACAAAAGGUCGCGUCAUGUCAUGAUGGUGCACAAAGCUAGAGAAGAGGUGAAGUGUCAGCAUUGCCCGAAAACUUUUGUGUUCAGAAGCACGAUGAUGAGACACGUCAGAGAAACGCAUCUGCAGGAAAGAAAUGCUAUAUGCGGGAUAUGUGGAUGGAGAGCUUUCGGGGCAGGCAGGCUGCAAAGGCACAUGAUGAAACACAGCAACGAAAGAAACUUCAAGUGUCCUUCGUGCGACAAGGCGUUCAAAACCAAGAAAACUAUGAAGCAGCACUACACUAAUAUACAUGAAAAAGCUCCUAGAGUUCAUGAUCUGAUGCCUGGUAUAUCCGUCGAUGCAUUAGUUCCGAAUUCCAUUUGAUGAUGUUUGUGUUAUCUUUCAAAUAAAAGCGUAAUUCAAUGUGUGGACUG